AUGGUAACGUCGUUUCAAUCCCUUAAGGAUUAUAUAACUGGCUAUCAUCCUUUGGAAGAUUCCAAUGUAACAGAUGUCAACGUUCUUCUGCUAGGCCAAGUUGGAGCUGGAAAAUCUAGUUUUUUCAACACAAUAAACUCAAUAUUCCGUGGAGAAAUAACCUCCCGUGCUUGUACAGGAAGUUCGGAGCACAGCUUGACAAAAACGUUUCGAAAAUACAGAAUUCGAAACCCAGGUUCAGGACGGUAUUUAAAUAUAAGAUUGUGUGACACUAGAGGUCUGGAAGAAAGUCUGGGGAUAAAGACACAGGAUAUUGCAUAUAUUUUAGACGGACACAUUCCAGAACAUUAUCAGUUUAAUACAGCUUCACACGCAACGCCAAAAGUACAAGGUUUUGUGAGAAAUCCCAAGCUUGAAGAUAAAAUCCAUUGUGUGGUUUUUGUGUUAGAUGCCAGUACUAUUGACGUCAUUAGUGAAGCGGUUCUCCGUCAAAUCAAAGAGAUUCAAAGCGUUAUUGUCGAGAGAGGUAUUCCGCAAGCAGUCUACCUGACGAAACUUGAUAAGAUAUGCCCACAUGUAGAUAUGGAUGUCACAAAAAUCUUCACAAGUACAGUCUGCAAACAGGCCGUGGAUAAGGUUGCUGAGAUGAUUGGUGUACCCAGGUCACAAGUUUUCCCUGUGAAGAAUUACGAGAAGGAGACCCGGUUACAUAUUUCUAUUAACAUUCUGGCUCUUUCAGCUCUCCGACAGACUCUUGUGUUUGCAGACGACUUUCUGGAAGAUCAAUAUGAAAUUGGUGAUGUGUACUGAUACCAUCUGUUAUCAGGUGACUGAGGGAAGGAUUCCUCUGAUAUUAAUUGCAUUGAAAAAUUAAUUAAAUUUCACAGACUCAUGAAGACAAUAUCGUUUAGUGAUGUCAUUAUAGUUAUAUUGUCUUACUUUUGUAGCAAAUAUUGGUCAUGGUCAUUAUUUUUCCUCAUCUUUAGGGAUAAAUAUCAUCUACUUAUCUACUUUAAAGUUCCCAAUUUUAUUGCUCUUAUUUAAGAAUCUUAAUAGUACUUCUGCAUAUCUGUUCAAAUUUUGUUACUUAGUAUCGAUGGGUUUGAUUGGUUUAUCUGU